ACAGCAUAUAUAUACCCUCCAUUUUGUGAGGAUGCUGCUGCUGUCUCACCCCCAAUCGCCCCCCAUCCCCACCGCGGAUAAGCUAACCUCGCGAUGCACGGAUACGACUACUCUUCCUGGUCUCCGGCAUCCGCCUCUUCCUCAUCGUCGUCGGGAUCGCGAUCGGGAUCCGGCUCACCCGUGCAUGCCGCAUCGCUCGUGGAUCCGUCAGCCCACUCUCCCGCUAUGAUGCAGCUGGUCGAUGUGCCGCUCUCGAGGCCUGUUAUCGACUACGUCGUCGACUGCGUCGCCGCUACCGUCGACUACGCCCUCUCCCGCACCCCCUGCCCUCCUCCCCCAGGCGGACCCCCGGGCAUCCGCGGCCGGCGUCGCUCGCCGCACCUCGCCAAGUUCGCGGCCUUCGCGACGGACGUGCUGACGCGCGCGGAGGUGCACCCGGGCACAGUCCUCGUGGCGCUCGUGUACAUCCGGCGCGCGCAACCGCACCUGCGCAUCGCGCUGCGCGAGUGGGCGCUCGAGCGCGUGUUCCUCGGCGCGCUCGUCGUCGCGAGCAAGUACGCGAACGACUCGACGCUCAAGAACGUGCACUGGGCGCUGUGCACGGGCGUGUUUGGCAAGCGUGAUGUCGGGCGUGUGGAGCGCGAGUUUCUGGCGGUGCUGGAUUGGGAGCUGGGCGUGCGUGAGGAGGAUGUUGUCAGCCACUGGGAGGGCCUGAUGAGGGCUGCGUAUGGGGACGAGGCGGUCGACUGUGGGGCAGGAUACUCAUCUGUCCCUGUGCAUGUUCCGCAUGCUGUCCAAGCGGUCUCCAUCCCCAUCACCUCCCCACCCGUCGCUGGCGCCGCCCGCGUGCGCAACCACCACCGGUCGCACUCCCGCUCGCGCCACCCCUCCCUCGUCGUCGUUCCGAUCCCUGAGCUCGAGCCCUCCAGUCCGGCCAGCAGUCUCGGCAGCCUAUCUCCGCCGCACACGCCAGACGUCCCGGUCGACGUGGACACCCAUCACCAUCACCACAGCGGGAAGCUGAACGACCUCCUGCGUGUCUUCCCCCUGCCGCGGCACCCUUCAUUCCGCGUCGCCUGAGCUACGGGCGUCUCGAAACCAUCCACCCACACACCCGCCUGUCACGAUCCGCGUUUCCUCCGAGGAAGAAGCGCCCUUCGUUUGUCUCUUUUUUUGUGCGCCGCCAUGGUGACGACCCCGCGCGGCAUGAUCCACAGUGCUUGCCCCACCCACCCACGUACAUAUACGCAUGCUCCACGUACAUAUACAUUCACACACGCAUAUAUGCUCGCUGUCUCGCGCUUUGGCCUCGACGGCUCGCGCGCCCCUGGGCUUCCCGGUCGAAUUCGAAUCGGCACAGCCACUCCUACUAUUAUAUCGCAUUCCUUAUUGUCUUUCUUGUUCCCGCCCCCUGUCCGCUCGCAACCUCAGUUCCUGGAAUAUAUAUGUCUAGCAUAGCAGUUUGCGUCGAAUCGAACCUGCGUUCGAUUGCUGCGGCAGAGAACUUGCAUUUGAUUUCACGUCGUGCGGUUGCGGGGUGCGCAGACUUUCAGGCUUUCGCGGCGUUGUUGCCGGACCGAUACCGGGGCAUGUAUAACACGGGACGGGAGGAGAGAGAGCACGCGACGACGCCGGGGCUCGAUCGCGGAUUCUCUGCUUCGACUUGUUUCGGCGAGCUCAGGCAGUGGAAGGGAAGGCCGAGCUUGAUGAACAGCCUGAAAGUGCUCCCGCCACCCGUGAGCCGCCGACUGCGGUGGUUCCUGUCUUUUUCCGGGUGGACGGGUAAAGAGAUGCUGAAACAGUCAUCAUCGACCCAUUGCCUGCUUGCGAAAAUAUCCACCAAUUGGGAUCCCCAUCCUCCUCCCCCAACGGAAAGAAUGACACGACUUUAUUUUGGCGCGCGCAGCCAGCCAGAUGGAUCUUAUCAUAUCAGAUUACGAAUUGAUCGGAUCGGAUCUUCUUUUUUGAAGCCGCAGGUGGUUUCGCCACGUCGCCCAGCCUUGAAGGACCCGGCUCGGGAUCGAUCGCUCCUGCGUGGGAGGUGGGGCAACACGUCUCACGCGCUCUUCUGCAUGCUGACCCGGCAUGAACAUCGGAGAGUCAGCAUGCGGAGCCACAAUUCCGAUGUGCGCAAGCGCGAAUUGGACUGCGGCAUCUGGCUCUUCCUGCACAGGCUGAAGUGGUGGCUCCUCGUCAUGCGCGAUCGUCCGAUAUCUCCGCGCACCGCGGCGUUUGCCCCUGGCCCCCCACCGGCGCUGUUCUCUCCGCUCCUCUGUGUCGGCCGCAGCGGAGUGCCUUGAUCCGGCGGGAGCAGCGCUGUCGCGGGACGUUCCCGUGGAUCUUUAAUUCGGCCGGCGAGGUGAUGCCAUCAGCUGAGGGGCAUGCAAGCAGACAGGCUUAGACUUAGGUUUAGGAGAGCCCGAUUGAAGCUGUGAUAGUUCGAAUGGGCUGUGCGAUGCGGUACCACUCAACUCUGUUUGCGGCCGAAUUGUAUCUAGAGACAGAAGGUAGAUAGAUUAUAAUAUCCCCCACAGCUUCGAGUUCUUACAGAGAGACAAAUUUACCUAUUUCGCACCAGGUUCAAGCUCCUAGCUGGGAAAACUCCAUAUUCGAUCAUUUUAGCCUUCCUUUGACUCGAUUCAUGUAUCGUUGCUAGGACGUGUUCCGAUCUCGAGACGCAGAUAGGCAUAUGGAAGUUUGAACGCGCCAUUCAUAUCCCCUCAUUUGCAGUCACGAGUGUUUAAACAACAUCGCUGUCCACAAAGUCCGCUAAAGCCUACGCGCAUUUGGAUAGUCGAAGCAGGGGCUGGUGACUGGCAUCCUUGCGUUGUUACUCACGCUCAUUUGCCUUCGCGGGUAGAUCAGAGACCGACGAGCUUGUCAAUGCAAGCUCAGGAGUCAGGCCCGAGUACUGCUGCACGACGACCGGUGAGCUUGAGCGUCACCCAUGGCCCGCCAACCGAUCUGACCACAGACACAUAGGCCAGUGCAACUUAACUCCCCGACUUCUGGUGACGAAGCCUCAUCACAGACUGGAGGAAUGAUUCCCAAAGGGACCAGCGGGAAGAUCCGAGAUUUGACUACACAUUAUUUACUUUUAGAGCAAUGAUUCCCUUCCCUUCCCUUUCAUGCCAGUCCCCAAGUAGCUUCGGGCCAGAUUCGACGCCAACCUUCCAAGAGCAGAGUAGUAAGCACAACAUGGCGAAAUGUAUAAAACGGCAGGUGCUCCCAGUCACGAGGCGCGAACCAAGGACUUCGGUGGGGAUCUUACCCCGGUCCCGCCGGCCCGCGCGUCUAAAACCGCAAGAAACGAGCCGCCGAGGCCUGGGCCGAGGCGGCGAAAGGAUUGUGAUCUGUGUCUGCGGGGCCUUGGCUUGAGUCAUCCGAGUUCGUCGCUGCGGGGCCACGAACCCUGGGACGAUCGAUCAACGGACUGAUCUGGUGGGAGGCCUGGACGCGUGUGAAGUUUCGCGCGCUGGCGUGUGUGUCGUGUCGAUGAGCAGAUCCCUCAGCAUUCGAAAUGAGAUGGGCAAACGGAGCUGUCUCGGGCGGUGUGCUGAAAGCAGCAUGAGAUGAGUGAGCUCAGUCAGCUGGAUGCGGAAUUGGGAUGUGUAUCCAUCCACCUCCGCCUCGAUUUCUCCGCGAUCUUCGUCGUGUUUCUCGCCACCGAUCGAUCGUUCGCGCGAUGUCGGGGUCAGGCGGGCCGUGCGCUCAAGAUUCUGCCGUUCAUUGAGCCCACGCUGCUUACGUCUCCGAGAUGACUCCGGGCCGAGUCGGAUUGACUGUCACCCCCAGAGUGUCAGCAUCCGGGGUAUCAGUGGCGGUACACGUGCCCCUGUCUGAGGAUUGCUUAGGCCUCCAGUCAGGGGAACUAGGCCAAGAGGAAGAAUGCCACUGACGUUGCCAGGGAGGAUGGGCCAAGGUCAUCCAGGGUCCAGUGUAGUGCUGGGCUUUAAAUUAUUUGGGCCGUGCUUUUUAUAUUUAAAACAAAACGAAUCUGGGAUAGGGCCUUGUUAUAAACUUUGGGCUGCUAUAAAUCAUUUAUAGCACAAUAAAAAGCAAGGCGUAAAACACCGGUAUUCU